GCCUACUUGGUCUCUCUAUCUCUCUCUCUCACACACCUUUCCUUUGUUGCUCCUUUACCAAAAAAAAAAAAAAAAAACCACUCGUAACAACUAGGGCAAAAUUCAGGAUACGACUAUAUCUUCGUCUCUCUCUUCUCCCUGCCUUGUUGUCUGCAGAGUUGAAGGAAGUCCUAAUUUGUGGAUAAAGGAUGAGAAAAGGUGGAGGAUUUAGUGAUAUGUUGGAAAGGACCCUUGAUAGCGAUAGCAAGGGUCGUUUUGUGAAGCUGAUUCAAAAACAUCCAAGUGAGAUUACGAAAUCUUUGGUAGAAAAGUGUGCUGAAUUUGGUGCCCAGAAGUGUUUGCUUGCGUUGCUCAAUGGGGAAGUAUGCGAAUGCGAUGCUCUUCCUGCACUUGUUGAUGAUCACUCACCUUCAUCUAAUGCUCUCACCUAUGUUGCUCAUUCCUGUCCCGACCCUCAAAUUAUUCAUCUAAUGCUCAACCGAUGCAACGCUAUUCCUCUUGUUAAUGUCACUUGCUCUUUUGCAUCAGUACACGGUCUUCCAAUCCAUUUUGUCCUGCUCCAUUUGAGUUAUUUGGAGCAUUUGUACCCUUGGAUUCGCGGCGACUAUCUCAUCAAACUUAUUAUUUUACUUUGCCAAUGGAAAACGAAACCGAUAUUGGACUCUGCACGGUUGCUUGCCCAAUACACUGAUUCAAUCAACGAUAUUGCUUGGACUUUUGUUAACUUUGGAGCAUUGAAACAGUUUGGGGCUCUGCUUUUGGUUGCCCGAGAAAAGGUUAUGGCUCCGUUUGACACAGGCUUGACCAUUCACCAACGCUUAGCAAAUGAGAUCGAUUCAUUUUCUAAAACUGACAUUGGAAGUGAACAAGCUGAGUACAAAAACAUUCUUAUAGAUGCACGACAACUACUUGACGUAUUUGAGAGAGCUGGUGAUGCUUUGGGCCUGUAUUGUAGCUCAAUGCAGAAAAAUGUGGCUAUGGAAGAAGCAAUUGCUGAUGUUUGUGAGUUGCUCAAAAAAUCCAAGGUUCAUGUGAUUCAUGGUGACCUCAAAUUAGAUAUCUAUUUCAGAGAACAUCGUGCUGUGUCCAAAAUUAACUCGCUAUCCUCGAAGAUUUUAGCUCCAGCGCGCUUUGAGUCAAAAAAGGGAGAUUGGUUAAAUGUUCCCCCUGCUGGAGAUUCUUUCUCCAAUUUUCUAUUACAAAGUGGUUACCGUCCCGUGCGUAAUUCAAUGGGGUUGCUGAAUCCUGUACGGUUUAUGAGCACAACAGCUUGUCACAUGAAAAACAGCAUCAGCCCAGCUGCUCAGCACUUGGCUUACAGGACUGUCAUGAAACUGAAAAAAGGGUUGAGGUUUUUGUGAGUUCUCAUUGUGUACCCUAAUAUAAAGUAGAUUAUAAGACAUGUACUAAGUUGCUAUUGGAUGCUGGUAUUUUGUGAACAACUCGACUUCUAAUUUAGCUGCUGCUUCUUAUUUAGGCUAAAAAAGCAGGCUAACUGUUUAGCAAGACCUGGAACCUUGUAUGUUUGGAUGUUUUUUUGCGUACAAGGGUUUCCCAUCUCUAAGAUUAUAUUUGUACUUCAAGGAUAUCUAUUGAGGGAUAUGAAUGGCUAGAUGCAUUUAAUGAGAUGGGGAAAUGGGAUGUUGAAUGA